GGAGAAGUUAUUUAACUAGCAAAAAUCUAAGUUUUCUCCCGCCGGUGAACCGCAACCUUCUUCUUUUUAUUCUUUUUUCUGCCCAACUCCACUCACUCCGCUAAGAAAAUAACUUCUUCAAUAAUCAUCAUGUCCGCCGCUAUUCUUCUUCUCCCAGUCUCCGUCUCCGUCUCCGUCUCCGUCUCCGCCUCCACCUCCUACUACUCCUAUCCCCCGAUCUCUGUUUCUUUUCUACUCGCGUCUUCAUUAUGUUGUAGAUUUGCUCUCUCUUCCUGCUCCUCUCCCCUCCCCGCCGCCUCCGCCGCCGCCGUCGUUAACCCAACAUGAUCUAAGCAAGCUUUUUUUCCGUCUCAACUCGCUCUUACUAGAUCUCUUUUUACCCCUCCAAAUAUCCCCGUACCAGGUGGUAAAUUUAUAAAUUCCUUCUCCCUAUUUCUAAGAAAUCCAGCGGGAAAGAAAAAAAAAUUCCCAAAUAUCUAGUUACUUCUAUAUAAUCCACGCCCAAUAUGUGCGGCAUCCUAGCCCUCAUCCUUGCGGACCCCAAGGCCAGCGCCAGCAUUGACCUCCACGAGGCCCUCUACCUACUCCAACACCGUGGCCAAGAUGCCUGCGGAAUCUCAACCUGUGCCUCCGGCGGCCGCAUAUUCCAAUGCAAAGGAAAUGGCAUGGCUGCAAAGGUGUUCAACGACGGAGCCCGCGUUGCCGACCUUCCCGGCUUCAUGGGCAUUGCACAUCUCAGAUACCCCACAGCUGGCAGCAGUGCCAAUGCUGAAGCACAGCCGUUUUACGUCAACAGCCCCUAUGGCAUCACACUAGCCCACAACGGCAACCUCAUCAACGCCAGCGACCUCAAGAGCUUCCUCGAUUACGACGCCCACCGCCACAUCAACACGGACAGCGACAGCGAGCUGAUGCUCAACGUCUUCGCCAAUGAGCUGAACGAGACGAAAAAGGCCCGCGUCAACCACCAGGACGUCUUCACAAGUCUAAGCCGCAUGUACGAGCGCUGCCAGGGCGGCUGGGCCUGUACGGCCAUGAUAGCCGGUUUUGGCGUCCUGGGUUUCCGCGACGCAUACGGUAUCCGUCCCUUGGUCCUCGGCUCGCGCCCAUCCGCCACCGGCGAGGGGAUGGAUUACAUGAUGGCAUCUGAAUCCGUUGCGCUCGACCAGCUAGGUUUCACCACGUUCCAGGACAUCCAACCAGGCGAGGCCGUCAUUAUCCAGAAGGGAGGCAAGCCCGUCUUCCGCCAAGUAUACCCCAAGCAAAACUACACCCCGGACAUCUUCGAAUACGUCUACUUCGCGCGCCCAGACUCCGUCAUCGACGGGAUCAGCGUGUACCGCAGCCGGCAGCGCAUGGGCGACAAGCUCGCGCAGACCAUCUACAAGACCCUGGGCGCCAAAGCCAUCGAGGAAAUCGACGUCGUGAUCCCCAUCCCCGAAACCUCAAACACGUCCGCGGCCAGUGUCGCGCGCUACCUCGACAAACCCUAUUGCCAGGGCUUCAUCAAGAACCGCUAUGUGUUCCGCACGUUUAUCAUGCCGGAGCAAAAGGCGCGGCAGAAGGGCGUGCGGCGGAAGCUGAAUGCCAUGGCCGCGGAGUUCAAGGACCGCAAUGUCCUGCUUGUUGACGAUAGUAUCGUGCGCGGCACGACGAGCAGGGAAAUCGUCACCAUGGCCCGUGAGGCGGGUGCGAAGACGGUGCAUUUUGCCAGUUGUGCUCCGCCAAUAGCCCACGCCCACAUCUACGGCAUCGACCUCGCCUCCCCAAGCGAACUCGUUGCACACAACCGCGACGCAGCCUCCAUCGCCCGCCACAUCGGCGCCGACACCGUAAUCUUCCAAACCCUCUCAGACCUCAAAGAAGCCUGCGUCGAAAGCUCCCAGGACGACCCCACGCGGCCACAGAACUUCGAAGUCGGCGUCUUCUGCGGCUCGUACAUCACGCCCGUGCCCGAGGGCUAUUUCGAGCACUUGGAGAAGGUGCGCGGGGAGGGGAGGAAGGUGAAGGUUAUCGAGAGCGCGAGGAAGGCGGUUUUGCAUGGCGUGGCGAACUCGAGGGAUAUUCGGGUUGCUGCUAAUGGGGCGGAUGUGGAUGCGUUGGGGAGGAUUGUGCCGGCGGGGAUGGAGAAUGGGGUUGUCGGUGGGUGCGGCGGGAGCGGCGGGAGCGGGAGUGGCGAUGGAGGUGGGGAUGGGGGGGUGAAUGGUGUGGGGAGUGCUGCUGGUUGUGUCGGUGGUGAUUACUCUUUGCAGACGGAGUCUGCGCGCCCGAAUGCGCAUGAUGAGGCAGACAAUGAUACGCCGCAGGUUAAGGAUCGGAUGGAUAUUGCCUUGCAUAAUUUUGGUGAUUAUUCGUAGCGCGCGUUUGUUGUUUUUCGUGUAUGGGGAGGGGUGUAUUUCUUUUUGGCGUAUCAUUCCUUUUUACGUUUUAAGUCCCUCGAUGUUGUUCUUUCUUUUCUUUUCUUUUUUGUCAUGCUUUGUUAUGGUUGAUGAUCUUGAAUGUGUUUCCCCCUUUUCCAAUCUCAUUAUUAUAUUCUCUUGACAUAUUCUCAUUUAUGUAUCAUUCACACCGGACAUAGUUUACCUUAGCUACUCUUUUUCUUCUGCCCGAUUCUCCCCUAUUUUUGACCAGCCAUUACUCAAUAAGACAGAGGUUACAUGAAUUCAAUUUUUAUCCACUUGAGUUCAUUCACCUAAUAUAUGUUGAUAAUUCUUUAUAUAUGUAGCAAGUAUUCAUUGAAAUAGAUCUGUAU